CCUCACUUUUUUUCAAGCCCGGUAAUGUGCAAAUGAUGUAAACACAAAAAUUGAAGAAAUAUGAUUUCCUACUACGUUCUAAGUAUCUUAUCAAUACUAUUAUAUCUGUAUUCAUUUUUCCCAAUCGCUAAAAUCAAUACUUCCUCUCCGUCCUUUCAUAAUCAAACAAAUUUCAAUUUAACACCUUUAAGUGAACCCACAAUAGACCGAUUAGUAUUGGUUGUAAUCGACGCUUUACGAUAUGAUUUCGUUAAUCCGGAAAAUAUGCCUUAUUUAUCAAGUUUAAGUAAAAAUAAUGGUUGUUCGAGUCUGGUUAAAGUGGAAUCUCCAACGGUAACUUUACCAAGAAUAAAAGCAUUAACAACUGGUAGUGUACCUCAGUUUAUUGAUGUCGUUUUAAACUUGGUGAGAGUGGAUUCUGUGGAGGAUAGUUUUUUACAUGGAGCUGUUAAAAAAGGAAAGAAGGUUGUGUUUUAUGGUGAUGACACGUGGUUAAAAGCUUAUUCUGAUUUGUUUUUACGAAGUGAAGGAACUAGUUCAUUUUUUGUGAAUGAUUUUAGUGAAGUUGAUGAUAAUGUUACAAGGAAUGUUUAUAAUGAAAUUGCAUUAAAAGAUUGGGAUAUAAUGAUUUUGCAUUAUUUGGGAUUGGAUCAUAUUGGACACAUUUAUGGGCCAUUUCAUUCCUUGAUUCAACCCAAACUCCAAGAAAUGGAUUUAAUUAUUAAAACAAUUCAUCGAAAUAUCAAUUCUGAUGGAAAAAAGGUGUUAUUUGCUGUUACUGGAGAUCAUGGAAUGAAGGAUAGUGGAGGUCACGGGGGCACAACAUACUCUGAAACUCAUGUCCCAUUAGUUUUAAAUGGAAUCGAAUGUGAAAAUGAUAAAAUCGAUCAAAUUGAUAUUCCAGUUAUUUUUUCAUCAUUACUAGGAUUAGAAUUUCCUAAAAAUAGUAUUGGAAAAUUAUCGAUGAAUUUGUUAAAAAAAUCUUUAACUAAAGAAAAAUUACUGCUUUUUUAUUUUAAGGAAGUUUAA